UGACCAACUUUUUUUUUGGAGCCUGACCAAUUAUUGACAACUUCCUGAAUAGCUAGAAGAGGGGGCGGGUAAACAAAAUCAUGUUAUGUGACGUUGUGAAACAUUGCCGCCUUGAACUGACAAAACACACAACUGGCAUCUUUAUGAUAUUUGGCUUAUUUUACCCUUUGAUAACUUCUUGAGAAGAUGCUUCCAGCACCUGCAGUCUUUCAUUUCCUUUGGGAAGUCAACUCUGGUGCAGUCAAGGAGGGAGAUUCAGUGAGAACAUUUGGAAGAUUGGUGAGUUACCAACCAGAGGAAUCGAAGGCUACACUAUCUAUCCAGCAUGCAACAAGACAGCACCAAGUUGUUGUUCAGACUCCAUUUGUGGAACCCUUUGACCCCAUCAUUGGAGCCCAGUACAUAGUUCUGGGCGAGAUUGAAAAAGCAGAGGGAGGUGAUGGUGUGAUGGUCCAUGCCCGUGUGCUGAACUGUGUGGAUGGGGUGAACCUAGCCCUGCUACAGAGAGGUGUCACUGAACAGAGGAGCUACUUCAGAGAGAGGGGGGAGAGCAAGGGAGAUGCUGCUACUGCUGCUCGGCCACGUGCUCCUCUCUGACCUGGACCCCAAUAACAAUUCAUCUGUCACAACGCUGCACUGAUACAGUGCUACUGGUGGAAAGUUAUGAACCAGGUGGAAUUUAAUGACAUGUUGUAAUGUUUAUAUGACCUCAUUUAUACCUCAGAUGGAUCGUGUCAAAAGGUCCGAUUUUUUUUAUGGUUGUGACAUUUUCCCAAAUAGCUGAUUACAUGGGGAUGUUAAGAAUUAUGAGACUGUGCUUCUCGCUAAUUUAGAACGGCGAAGGGUGGAAUUGGGAUAUAAAAAGACUUCUGAGGAAAUCCUGAUUGAUACACAAAAGCUGCUUGUUCUGGUGCAUUGUAAAGUCCUGCCAUUACUUGUCAUAAGAUAUCAGUUCUGGAAGACACCCUCUUCCUCCUGAAAGAGUUAGGCAAGUUCACUGAAUGUUGGGUCAGGUGUAUGAAGUAGGUCAAUAAAAUGCAUACUUACAUUCUUAUUGUAGCUAAUCUAAGAUAAGAGAGCAUGUUUGAUGUAGCCAUUUAUGCAAUGGUUAUAUUUGUGAAUGAAAACUGAUAUGUAGCUUGGAAAUGUAUAUUUGAUAUUAGAUGUAUUUGUGGACGAGGUGUGUGUUAUCGUGUUGCUUUCUUUUUUGGUAGUUAAUUAUUUUAUUUUGUUGGAAUUGAAGAAGCAAACAUGUUGACAAUAUCUUUAAUGAGUAAUUAUUUUCUUGAUACAGUAUCAAGGUUGUGUUUAAAAGGAUCAGUGUCAGGAAAAUAAUAAGAAAUAGACAAGCAGAACUUAGUCAAUAACAUUGCACCGUGUCCCAUCAGCUCUAGUAAAACAAUAUCAAGGAUAAAUUAAAAAACAAACUCCUUUGUGUCUUUCCUUUUUUAAAGUAGAUUCUGCCAUCUCCAAAGAAUUUUGGUAAACAAAAGCAACUCAGC